AUGGCUGCUACUGAGUUCAGUAAUGAGAUUAGUUCGCAGAAAAAUAAUAAUAUUGAAGUCGAUAUUGACAAUACUUUUUCGGAUGAAACGUCUUAUGAUUUUUCCUUGCUAAGCAUUGGCUAUACAUUCCAAAGUUGGGACAAAGUUGAUUUAUAUUUUAAAGCAUAUGGUCAGCAAUUGGGAUUUGCUAUUAGUAACAAAAGAGUUGAAUAUUGUGACAAUGAUAUUAUAAAGCAUAGAUCUUUUGGAUGUGAAUUUGGAAAAUAUAUAAUUCUAAAAAGAGAGUUGAUAUUACCACCUACUAUAACUGACAAUCCAAAUGCUAGAGAUCUUGCAGUUCAAUGUAAUGAUAAUGAAAUAGUUCAAUGGUUAAAAACAUUUAUUGAUAAGAAAAAACAAUUUUUGGAAAAUGGUCAAAAAACUAAUGAUAGUAAAAAAGAAAACUUAGCAGUUGCUAAUCUGCCAAUAACUAAACGCAAAGGCAGACCUAAAAUUAAAAGAUACAAGGCUA